AUGGGAAAUGGUUCCGUGAAACCCAAACAUUCCAAGAAUCCAGAUGGCCACUCCGGGAACCUCACUACCAGUGCCCUCCGGAGCAAGGUGACAGAGCUGGAGAGAGAGCUGAGGAGGAAGGAUGCCGAGAUCCAGGAGCGGGAGUACCAUUUGAAGGAGCUACGGGAGCAGCUGUCCAAGCAGACUGUGGCCAUUGCAGAGCUCACGGAGGAGCUCCAGAACAAGUGCAUCCAGCUGAACAAGCUUCAGGAUGUGGUACACAUGCAGGGAGGAAGCCCGCGCCAGGCGUCUCCGGAUAAAGUGCCUCUUGAGGUCCACCGCAAGACCUCGGGAUUGGUCUCCCUCCAUAGCAGGAGGGGAGCGAAGGCUGGUGUGUCUGCUGAGCCCACCACCCGAACCUAUGACCUCAACAAACCCCCUGAAUUUUCCUUUGAGAAAGCGAGAGUCAGAAAGGACUCCAGUGAGAAGAAGCUCAUUACAGAUGCCCUUAAUAAAAAUCAAUUUCUGAAGAGACUGGAUCCUCAGCAGAUCAAAGACAUGGUGGAAUGCAUGUAUGGGAGAAACUACCAGCAAGGGAGUUACAUUAUUAAGCAAGGAGAACCAGGAAACCAUAUCUUUGUACUGGCAGAGGGUCGACUAGAGGUGUUCCAAGGGGAGAAAUGGCUAUCAUCCAUUCCUAUGUGGACGACGUUUGGGGAACUGGCCAUUUUAUACAACUGUACAAGAACUGCCUCUGUGAAAGCUAUUACCAAUGUUAAAACAUGGGCACUAGAUCGAGAGGUAUUCCAGAAUAUAAUGAGAAGGACAGCUCAAGCUAGAGAUGAACAGUACAGAAACUUCCUCAGAAGUGUAUCCUUGCUGAAGAAUUUACCUGAAGAUAAAUUAACCAAGAUCAUUGACUGCUUGGAAGUGGAAUACUAUGACAAAGGAGAUUACAUUAUUAGAGAGGGCGAGGAAGGAAGUACCUUUUUCAUUUUAGCAAAAGGAAAGGUAAAAGUCACCCAGAGUACUGAGGGCCAUGAUCAACCACAACUGAUAAAAACUCUGCAGAAAGGAGAAUAUUUUGGAGAAAAAGCUCUUAUCAGUGAAGAUGUCAGAUCAGCUAACAUUAUUGCUGAAGAAAAUGAUGUUGCAUGCCUGGUUAUAGAUCGUGAAACAUUCAACCAGACAGUCGGGACUUUUGAAGAACUCCAAAAAUACCUUGAAGGGUAUGUGGCAAACCUGAACCGUGAUGAUGAAAAAAGACAUGCGAAGAGAUCCAUGUCUAGCUGGAAGCUGUCCAAAGCACUCUCUUUGGAGAUGAUUCAGCUGAAGGAGAAAGUGGCCAGAUUUUCCUCAUCAUCCCCAUUCCAGAACCUUGAGAUUAUCGCAACACUGGGCGUUGGUGGGUUCGGAAGAGUUGAGCUUGUUAAGGUAAAAAAUGAGAAUGUUGCUUUUGCAAUGAAGUGUAUAAGGAAGAAGCACAUAGUUGACACGAAGCAGCAGGAGCACGUCUACGCAGAAAAGAGGAUCCUGGAAGAGCUGUGCUCCCCCUUCGUCGUGAAAUUAUAUCGCACUUUCAGGGACAAUAAGUAUGUAUACAUGCUUCUGGAGGCCUGCUUAGGUGGGGAGCUAUGGAGUAUAUUAAGAGACAGAGGCAGCUUUGAUGAACCCACCUCCAAGUUCUGCGUUGCUUGUGUGACAGAAGCAUUCGAUUACCUGCAUCGACUAGGUAUUAUCUACAGAGACCUGAAACCAGAAAACUUAAUUCUAGAUGCUGAGGGCUAUCUUAAAUUGGUUGACUUUGGAUUUGCUAAGAAAAUAGGAUCUGGACAGAAAACAUGGACGUUCUGUGGAACUCCUGAGUACGUAGCUCCUGAAGUCAUUCUCAACAAAGGACAUGACUUCAGUGUGGAUUUUUGGUCCCUGGGAAUUCUAGUGUAUGAGCUCCUCACGGGCAACCCGCCCUUUUCUGGGAUUGACCAAAUGAUGACCUACAAUUUAAUUCUCAAAGGAAUUGAAAAAAUGGAUUUUCCCAGAAAGAUAACCAGACGACCUGAGGAUUUGAUUCGGAGGCUUUGCAGGCAAAAUCCAACAGAAAGACUAGGAAAUCUGAAGAAUGGAAUCAAUGACAUUAAGAAACACAGGUGGUUAAAUGGUUUUAAUUGGGAAGGACUGAAAGCACGGAACCUUCCAUCACCUUUACAAAGAGAGCUAAGUGGACCCACAGAUCACAGCUACUUUGACAAGUAUCCUCCCGAGAAGGGGGUGCCUCCUGAUGAGCUGUCAGGCUGGGAUAAAGACUUCUGA